CUUACUAUCUCAAUUCUAACUUGAAAUAUUAUCUGAAUAUUUUUUUUAAAAACAAUACUUGAUGUCAUUUGUCAACAUUUGACGCUUAAGGUGGAUGGGCGCUAUCAUAUUUUUGACAAUUAUUAUUGAGAUUUGUUUAACGGGUGACAGCUGUCAAUUUCAGUCGAGUAUCAAUACAAACUAACCCCACAGACCCGAAAUAAAAGGAUACCUGGGGCAAGUGGGGCUUCGACAAACACAACACCGAUAAUGUGCGUGAUUGAUUAAACUUUAUUACAUUAUUACAAUAAUACAUCCACUUGCAUUGUUUUCUAAUUUUCUCAAAAAUGAUAUCAAUAGUCCCAAGUAUUUGGCAGAUGAUAGCAGGCGUUAUAGUUGAAUACAUCGACAUCGACGUGGACUUUACGCUCUGGCUAUCAUGGCUACUAAUGCCUUUGCUUGUAACAUUUUUACUUCCAUUAGUUAUUGUGGUUCUUCUGUACGCCACCGCUUCUAUACUUUAUGUCUACAAAUUACAUAGAGCUCGCUUAAGACAUGCUUAUGAAACUGACUGGAAAAAUGCUGCUCGAAAUACAGUAGCUGCAGUAUGGGAUGCCCAUGGUUGGAUAUGGCAUGGUUACGAGAUAGUUGGCCUAAAUAACAUUCCGGAAAACGAGCCAGUAUUAUUUGUCUAUUACCAUGGUGCUAUUCCAAUAGACCUAUACUAUUUCAUAUCCAAAGUUUUCCUUUACAAUUCUAAGCUCAUCCACACCGUUGCUGAUCGCUUCCUCUUUAAAGUUCCUGGUUGGUCCAUUAUAUCUGAUGUCCUUAAAGUUAUUCCUGGUACUAUACAGACAUGCUCUGCAAUUUUGAAAGAGGGAAAUAUGCUCGCUAUUUCUCCUGGUGGCGUUUAUGAGGCACAAUUUGGAGAUUCGUAUUAUCGACUCAUGUGGAAAAAGCGAUUGGGCUUUGCCAAGGUGGCCCUAGAUGCUAAGGUGAGCAUAAUUCCUCUCUUCACAAAGAAUUUGAGGGAAGCUUUCAGAACCGUUAGUUGGGGUAGAAGAAUGUGGCUAAGGAUUUAUGCAGCAACCAGGUUUCCAUUUGUUCCAAUAUUUGGUGGUUUUCCAGUGAAGCUUGUGACCUUUGUGGGCAAACCUAUUCCGUAUGAUGAUAGUCUUACAGCUGAGCAACUUCAGCUCAAGGUAGCAGCAGCGUUAGAGGAUCUAAUAAGGGAACACCAGAAAAUGCCUGGAAGUAUAACCAGAGCUCUUCUGGAGAGGAUUUAUCAGCCAUCUGACGUUCUACAGCAUCUGCAGUAGUAAGAGACAUUCAGAAAUAUAAGAUGUUAAGUGAAACAAUUUUUUUUAUUCGCGCCUUGAACACACUCUCAUAUGACGUAUUAUUUGAUGGAUCUGAACAGUGACUUUUUUGACAUGAUGCUCUGAGAUUGUUAUCUGUAUAUUUUAAAAAUAUUCAUAAUUCAGAUGACUAGUUCAAGAAUUCUACUUGGGAUGUAUUCUUCAAGUUCCUUGUGUAAUAGCUUAAUCGUUAUAGCCUAAAUUUAUUGCUGAGAAUAUAUAAUGGCUACGUUACUAACAUUCCGUACUACGAAAUUUUGAUACAGCCUAACAAUAAGUGAGUGAAUAGAGUUGUGGUAAUAUUGGAAAAAAUGUUUUCAAAUAUUCGAAAAAUAAUUUUCACAUGUUGAACGUUUACCAUUUAUUAACUCUAUAUUGAAGAGAAAUAAUUCAUGUUUGAUCCAUGUAACGAACUGUAUGCUUUACAUGAAAAAUAUGUCUGUAACAUAGAAAUUGUAGAUGGGUUUAAUGACAUACAUAGGCAUACUACAAAUGAUCUAAGGUAGUGACGAUAUUAGUAUUUUUCGAACUAAAUUACUCAAAUAAUUCUGCCUUUGUAUUAUUAUCAACUGCAUUAUUACUCAUGAAGAAUAAUGUGUAGGUUUAAGUGAAAAUUAUGAUACAGGUUCAACGCUAAUUAUGUACAUACAAAUAUACCCAUUCUACUUUGCUGUGAGAUAAGAAUACGUUAGCAAUGGUCAUCGGUUCUCUGCUGAUAGUGCAAUAUUAGGAAGAUGAGCAUUAGUACAUAAUUAUGGAUGGUGGAAGUGUAGAAUUAUCGUGUGGUGUACUUAAAGUUGGUCCUAUGUUUAUUGUAUUUAUACAGUUGAGCGAAUAUAUGUACGUAAUACUAACUAAAAUAGAUAGAUGAAUACUUUAAUAAGGUGACAAAGAUGUAUUAUCCAUGUUGUAUAAAUAUUAUGGUGCAAGUUGAAAUAAAAUUCUUGUUACGCAUUAUUAA